UAAGAAGCCUUCAGAAAAAUUGGAACUGUUCGAAACUGGCUCAAAAAACUCAACGCUAAUCCAUUAAUCAACUCACUGCGUACAAAUUUGUCGCCUGAAAUUUUAAGACAAGUUCCUACUGGGAACAAUGGGAACAUUCGCUCUGAAUUUUCUCGAUACUUUUUCCACAAGUUGGCAGGGAAAUUGUGGGCAAAAUUUUCUUCUCUGAAAAUAAAUAAAUGGAAAAUUUUUGGGGAGGAAUAUUUUUUUUCGCAAAAAAUAGUAACUUUUCGCCAAAUUUCUGGUCUACUUAUCAUCAUGGUUGUCAUUACUCGAGCAGGGGCACGUCGCAUCACCGCCGCCGCGGCCACGAAGACCACAACUGUCGACGUAAUUGAGCGAAAUCCAGCAGCGGGGCCGUCUUCACGAUCGAAAUCCAAACGGGUGGCGAAGAAGAAGGCGAAAGUGGAGGAAACGAAGGACGAUGUGAAAAGUGGUCAUGUUCAAGUUGAGGGUCAAGAAAAGAGCAAGAGGGCGAAGAGAGGACGAAAAUGUGGCGAAAAGAAGGCCGCUCUUCCUGAUAAAGUUGGACAAAGAGAGGUUGAGAGUCCAGAUAAGAGCAAACGUGCCAAAAAGGGACGAAAACGUUGCGAAGAUAAGGUCCCUUUUGCUGCCCCUCCUAAAAUUGAACAGGUGGAGGUUGAGAGUUCAGAUAAGAGUACGAAAAGAGGACGGAAACGUUGCCAAGAUAAGUUAGCUGUUAGUAUUAAUCCCACAGCUGAAUAUGUGGAGGUUGAGAGUCUGGAAAAGAGCAAGAGUGCGAAAAGAGGACGAAAAUGUGGCGAAAAGAAGGUCACUUUUGCUCAAGUGGAGGAGGAUCGCAAAGACAAAGAAAAUAAACCAACAGAUCCACAAAAUGAUCGUCCACCAGAUUCAUCGCCGAUAUUACGACAGUCGGCCCCUCCACUACCACCAUCCCCCAUCUUUUCCACCCCACCGACCCCAGAUCCUGUCGUUCUCGCGAGAAAAAUCAUCCACGGAUCGAUAACUCCAUCCUCGUCCCUCUUCCGGCCACGCAUUUUCUCCCCAAGAAUCGGUCUAAAGCCUAAGAACGUUCCGUCAAUGCGACCCUUAACGCCGGUGUCUCUCCCCACGCCAAUUUCGGAGGAGGAGGACGAACGAAGGAAGAAAGAUGAUGACAAACCGCCACCAAUUUCGACGCCAACUCGGCGACGACGACGUGACAUCAUGUUGGAGAAGGAAGUUCCCCCCACCAGAAUUUUGAAGGGGGAGGAUCAACCCCCACCAACAAUUUCGACGCCAACAAGUCCACCGCGACGACGACAACGUCUCACAAUUUCGGAGGAGGAGCUUCCCCCCACGCCAAUCUCGGAGGGGGAGGAUCAACCGAGCAAUAAAGAUGACAAACGGUCCCCAGUUUCGACGCCAACUCGGCGACAACGACAUCUCACUACGUUGGAGAAGGAAGUUCCCACCACACCAACUUCGGCGGGGGAGGAUGAACCGCCACCACCAAUUUCGACAUCAAUAACUCCGCCGCGACGACUCACACUUUCGGAGGAGGAGCUUCCCCCCACGCCAAUUUCGGAGGAGGAGGAUGAACAAAAGAACGAAGAUGACAAACCACCCCCAAUUUCGACACCAACUCGGCGACGACGACGUCUCACACUUUCCGAGGAGGAAGAUCCCCCUCGAGCCGAGUACGUGUUCUCGUCUUCGUCUCCGCUGCUGUUUCCCCCGCUUUCGGCGACCACGCCGAGACGACCGUUUCACAAAAUUGUGACCCGAAACGACUCCAGUGUCACGCCAAGAACGACGCCACGUUCGCUCGCGCAGGAAUUGGAGGCUGCCGCUGAUGAAACUGAAUGUCCUAGUGGGACCGGAAGUGGGGAAAAAUCGGCGUCAUCUCGAAAGGAGUCGUCAUCCUAUGAUAUUACUCCGUACUCGAUUUUGACCGAGUUUGAGGGGAAGGAAGACUCCAAGGCGUACCGGGAAGGGAAGGAGAUUCCGAACUGGGCGAAAGAUCCGAUUGAAGAUCUUUUGUACGCCUUGGUCCGCUUUCCUUACGCUCGCAUCGAAAUCUUUCCUCCGUGUCGUCCUUCCGGCUUCAAGCUCUUUCCGGACGCUUCGUCCCUCCCGGUUUCAUCAGAUUCUUCAGAUUCUUCGGAUUCUUCAGGUUCUUCAGACUCUUCAGAUUGCGGUAUUCAACCCGCCCUCUCAUUCGUCGAUAUGGAUGAACCCUUAGAAUAAAUGAUACACAAGUUGCAAAAUUUACGCGAAAUUUAAGUAAAUUUAUUAGGUUAUUUUCAACCAAUGGAGGUCUACCACCGUAUGCUCUCCGAUUUUUAGCAAAUUAGUGUCAGUCGAUGGCAAAUUUAAUUACUAUGCAAUUUGCGAAAGGCACGAUCUCCCAAUG